AACGACAAUUCUGAGUGUUCGCUCGAGAUGCUCACGAGAAGUCUGUUUAUGAGAGAAUAAUCCUCGAGUUAUCUACAAAUAAUAGUGAAUCGUGGGUUCUAGUGCUUCUCUUAAACAUCUACGAUAAUCACCAACAUUAAAAAAUGAAGUCGGCACGGCCGACCCCAAAGCCGCCUGUAUCGGCUCGCAAGCCAGCCUCUCGACCUCGUUAUGCAAACACAUUGUCCAAGGAUCCUGUGCAAGUAUAUUGUAGAGUUCGUCCAAUGCAAUAUCCAACGGACGUAUCUUGCAUGAGAAUAAUAAGCGAUACAACAAUAGCAAUAACGCCGCCAGAAUCUGCUACAAAUUUCCGCAAUGCCAUACAUAAGGAGAUACAAACAACGUUUACUAGAGUGUUCAAGCCAGACGUAGGACAGCGUGAAAUAUUCAAUAAUUGUGCAUUGCCUCUGGUAGACAACCUGAUCAAUGGGAAAAAUGGACUUUUGUUCACUUAUGGAGUUACCGGAAGUGGCAAGACUUAUACAAUGACAGGAGAUUCGCAAGAUGGAGGACUUAUGCCUCGCUGUUUGGAUGUACUCUUUAACAGCAUCACUAAUUAUCAAGCUAAAAAGUUUGUCUUCAAGCCGGACAAACUUAAUGGUUUUGAUGUGCAGAGCGAGACUGACGCCAUGCUCGAUAGACAAAAUGAAUUGCACGCAGGCCUGAUGACACCGAGAAAUGCAAAAAAACGACGUCCCAUGACGGACAGCGAAAACGACAGCGAUCCCAUUGUCCUCAGACAACCGGACGAAUCUCAAAUACUUCCUGUGGAUGCGGAUAAUGUUUAUGCGGUUUUCGUCACCUAUGUUGAAAUUUAUAACAACAGCGUUUACGAUCUUCUUGACGACGAUGAUCUCAGAACAAAGAGUUUACAAAGUAAAAUUGUGCGGGAGGAUGGUAACAAAAAUAUGUACGUCCAUGCUGCAACAGAAGUCGAAGUUAAAAGUGCUGAGGAAGCUUUUGAGAUUUUCCAACGUGGACAACGAAGACGUCGUGUUGCCCACACUGCUCUCAAUACCGAGUCUAGCCGCUCUCAUAGCGUUUUCACGGUUCGUCUCGUUCAGGCUCCUCUUGAUUGCGAAGGCGAACAAGUUAUACAGGACAAGAGAGUCAUUUGCGUCAGUCAAUUAUCUCUCGUCGAUUUAGCCGGUAGCGAACGUACCAAUCGGACCAAAAAUACUGGACAACGUUUGCGGGAAGCUGGCAACAUCAAUAACUCUCUUAUGACCCUCCGCUCGUGUUUGGAAAUAUUACGAGAGAAUCAAGCACAAGGUACCAGUAGAAUGGUUCCGUAUCGAGACUCAAAGUUAACACAUUUGUUCAAAAAUUAUUUCGAUGGGGAAGGACGCGUAAGAAUGAUCGUUUGCAUCAAUCCCCGCGCCGACGAUUAUGAUGAAACUAUCCAAGUAAUGAAAUUCGCUGAGAUCACACAGGAAGUUCAAGUUUCCAGACCAACGGCGACCAAACUUGAUCUUGGCUUCACUCCUGGUAGACGACAAGCCAACAAAAUUUUCAAAGAAGCUCGAAGUCGUUUGGAGAAAGAAGGCCACACCGAAGCUGCAGAUCUCGACAUAGAUCUUGGUUUGGUUUACAGCCUUGGUGGACCGUUCCCGGAACUUGAGCUGACGAAUCCUCAUAGCGAUCACAUAAUCACUCAGCUCGUACCGUUCCUCGAACAGAGAAUCAACAAACGUAACAUUUUACGUUCCGAUCUCGAGCAAAAACAAAAUGAUUUUAGAAAAAUGUUACUCGCCAUGGAGCAGGAAAAUAUCACGUUGAAGGUUGAGCACGCUUCUCUGAAAGCUUGCACGACCCAACAGAAAAAGAAAGUCACGGCUCUCGAGGCACACAUUUGUAAAACGGAAUCUCAAAUCGAUAGUUUAUUGCGGAAGUUGAACAGUGCCAACGACACUAUACGGAGUCUGCAGCAGGAACUGCGUGAUCGUGAUUUGGCCCUGAACCAGCGUAUGAUAGACAAACAGCGAGUCAAACAAAAGUACACGACUAAGAUGCAAGUCGAGACCGACAAAAUGAGCCGAGAGUUGGAAAAUAAAUUGCGUCAGCAGCGUCAACAUCUUCAGAAUCAAAUGAAAGAAAAGGACGACAAACUUCGACUGGUGAAGCAAAUACUCGUAGACGAUGACGCUAACGGAUUGGUGUCGAACGUAUUGCCCAAAGAGAUGGCCACAGCUCCAUCGAGCGACACCGGCGAACACAUGAGUUCGAAAACCCCAUCCUCGGAGGCACGAUCACGAAAAGACCGAGUUGCUGUUGCUAACCCACGGCACAGAAGAUCGCAAAGCGCCGAUCGUUGGGUCGAUCACAGACCGGGGGCUUUGGUUCCUAUAGGCACAGUUCUUCAGCCGUUGAUGAGACGACGACGAAGCGUCACGAGACUGACGGAUCCUAAAGAAAUCACUGAUGGUGCUUCGAGAUAUUGUUUAGUGGCUCAAGAACAUGACACGGACGGUGAACUCGAGACGAAGCUAUACAAGUUCAAUUCUCAGGGUGACAUUGUCCCAACGAGUGGUGGAGGUGCCCAGGUUGUAUUCAAUGAUGUCGAGUGUCUAAAGCAAAUGUCUCCGACAGCGCGACGUAAGCGAAGCGGAGCGAAUGCCGGAAGCGUCGAUCCAAACGAUCAAGCUCCGUCUGUACCGGAAUCAUCGAAAAAGCCAAGAAUUUAUAAAUAAACAAAGUUUCAGUUCGAUGGGCCGAUGAUUACAGUAAGAAAAUUGGAUUUUUAUCACACCGAUGUACUGAGAUUUUAUCAUACUUAACGUUUUUCAUUGAUGACGAAACGUUGAAUCUUACAAUUUAGGAAUGAAUCUCCAUUUCGGUAUUUUAUCAGUAACCACAAAGAGGAUUAGUGGAUAAUAUAUAUGUAGGCUUUUUUUUAUACACAGUUUAUAACAUGGAGCAAAUAAAUUAUAAUGCCACUUGGUAAUUGGCCUUUCCUCGUUGAAAUAUCAA